AUGUCCGCAGUCACUGAUGUUCUCAACUCAGCCUCUUCAGUCCUCUCCUCCAUCAUCAGCAGCUCCAGCGACGUCCCGUCAUCCUCCGCCGCGCCGACUUCAGCGCCGGCAUCCACGUCGUCCGCUCCCCCGCCGACCAGCUCCGAAGCGCCGCCGACAUCCUCCUCUCCCGCCGCGCCGAGUACGACCCCAACUCCCCCCUCAACCUCGACUAUUGUUGCUUCUUCCGCACCACCCGAGACUCAAAUCGUAACAUCGGUCAUCACCCAGAGUUCACCUGGAGCAGACUCUACCGCUCCGCCGCAGACCACCGUUGUUGUCGUCACACAAACUGCACCAUCGACCACGCAACCCACCUCUUCUGCAUCUAGAUCAUCAUCCUCGGCUACUCCAUCGGCCACUCUUAAUAAUGGUGGCUCCUCCAAGAGCAGCAGCGGUGGCGGCCUCAGCACCGCUGGUACCACUGCGAUCGCCGUAGUCAUUCCCGUCGUCGUUGUAGCUGCACUGGUCCUGGCCGGCAUUUUCUUCUGGAGAAGGCGCAAGCAAAAGAAGGCAGCAGAGGAAUUGCGUCGCAAUGAAGUGGAGGACUAUGGCUUCAACCCGAACAACGAUCCUACACUACCGGCUGUCGCAUCAGAACACGGUCUAGAGAUGACUGAAGACUCAGGUGGAUACCGAGGAUGGGGAGUCGCUGGUGCCGCUGACGGUGGCAGCAACGGAUACCCUCGCACUGGAAACUCACCCAACGGUGGAAUCUCAGAAGCACAUAGCGGAGAUGGUCUCAUGCAAAACCAAAGAGACACCAUGAGCAGUGAUGAUCUCGCCGCGCUGGGCGCAGCACCAGUUGCAGGAGGCAACGCAGCACAAGUCCACCGUGGACCAUCGAACGCUUCCUCAACAUACUCUGCUGCUGGCCGGACGGACGCUUCAGACGAAGGCCCAGGCGGCAUGCCUCAAUCAUACGAGGCUUAUAACCCCAACACCGGCUUCGGAUACGGCCAACACGGUCCAUACGGCGACGGCACGUACGGCGGAACCGGCCAAGAAGGCGGUAUGCCCAUUGUGCGCGACGUCAGCGCACGCCGGAAUACGCGGAUACAACAGCCCGGGAACUACCAACAAGGGAACUCGGGCAUUGCACAAAACUUCUGA